AUGAUGAAAAGGGAAGAAGAAGGUGGUGAAGUGGGGAAAAGCAGAGAUGGGGCAGGGCCGUCCGCGGAAAAGAAGGAAACUUUGGCUCUAAAGUUGAAGAAGCUCCAAUCAGUGGGCCAUCCCCCUGAUUCCACUCCCGUUAGACUUUGGCUCCGUGUCCGUGAGGUAGAGCACCAGAAGAACCAGCACGAUCCUGUUCCCUCUUCUUCUUCUUCUUCUCCUCGUGAUUUCACCGCGGGUUACAGCAGAAGCAGAAACAGUCCAACCGUUUCCGCCAGGAAGCUUGCCGCGGCCGUCUGGGAGUUCCACCACUACCGGCCUCUCUCUAAGAUGCACAGGGGCGCCAAUUUUACUGGUAACAGCGGCGGCGGAGGUGGAGGCCACCGCCAACAGAGUCGUCACCGUGGGUUUAAGGGCAAGGGUAUUGAUGUCUCCCGCUUCUUGCCUGACCCUUCUCCCAGCUCUCCUGAUCAGGAUGUUGUAAUUCUUGUUCAGCCCGAGAGUGCAGGCAGCCUGAGGAGGCACAUUGCCGCGUCACUGGUUCAGCAUCAUCGGUCGAUCGAGAGAAGUAAUCAUGCUCUGCAGCCUGUUUCCCCUGCAAGUUAUGGCAGCUCCUUGGAGAUGGCGCCUUAUAAUCCUGGAAUGACACCAACCAGCUCUGUAGAAUUCAAGGGGAGGGUUGGCGAGUCGCGCUAUAAUAUUAAAACUUCCACAGAGCUAUUAAAAGUGUUGAACAGAAUAUGGAGCUUGGAGGAGCAGCAUGCAUCUAACAUGUCACUGGUAAAAGCUCUGAAGAAAGAGCUAGACCAUUCCCGCAUCAGAAUCAAAGAGCUCCUUCGUGAUCAACAUUCGGAUCGACGUGAGAUGGAUGAGUUAAUGAAGCAAAUCAACGAAGACAAGAAAAGCAAGGAACAGGAUCGGUUGCAUGCUGCAGUUCAGUCUCUGAGGGACGAGGUAGAAGACGAGAGGAAGUUGAGGAGAAGGUCAGAGGGUCUGCACAGGAAGUUAUCCCGAGAGCUUUCUGAAGUGAAAUCUUCGUUCUCCAAUGCACUGAAAGAAAUGGAAAAGGAGAGGAAGUCGAGAAUGCUUUUGGAAGAUCUCUGUGAUGAGUUCGCUAGGGGGAUAAAGGAGUAUGACCAGGAACUGCAUCAUGCAAUGAAACAGAAACCUGAUCACAAUGACUGGGUUGGAAGAAGCAAUGAUGGCGAUGAUCGCUUGAUUCUCCAUAUAUCCGAGUCAUGGCUUGAUGAGAGGAUCAUGCAGAUGAGACUAGAUGAAGAAGCUCGGCAGCAUGGUUACUCCACAAACAGCUCAAUAGUUGACAAGUUAGGUUUCGAGAUAGAGACAUUUCUUAAGGCAAGAAGAAUGGCAAUCUCCAAAAACAUGGAUAAAUUGAUCCCAAAGGAAAGGCGGAAUUCAAUGGAAUCUGUCCCCUUCAAGGCCGUGAGUGCUCCUCCGGAUGUAGGGGAUGAAGAUGAUGAUUCUGUGGGCAGUGAUUCUCAGUGUUUUGAGCUCAACAAACCGUCGAAGAAUGAUUAUAAUGUACAUGAACAUGAAGACAAGAAAAAGCUCAUCUCAUCAUCUCGUGAAAGAGUUAAAAGCCGGAGUCCUUCAAGCUUGCAAGUCAAAUUCGAAGAACAGAUGGUCAGGGCGAUGAUGUCAUCCAAUGCCGAUAAGAACCCAGAGAUGGUGGACUUGGUGGAAUUGAAACCAAGUGGAAACUACGAAACCACAGAAGGCGGGGGUGGUACCAACGAGAGGAGAAACAAGGCCACCGACGAGAUCCACGAGUCAAACUCUAACUACGCGAUGGAUAACCUGAUCAAGAGUCACAUCUCAGCAGCUUCAGAAGCUGGAAACCUGCAUCUUGAUCGCAUCAACGCAGGGGAGGCUUCUUCUAGCUAUCCAUCUCGAAGGACUGCUGCUAGUCCAGUGAGGCAGUGGAUGGCGAAACUCACCACAACGGAUCCUGAUGUGGCGGAAUCGUCCACGAAAUUACCUCCGGCAUCCAAGGACAGCACGUUGAAGGCGAAGCUACUCGAGGCGAGAUCCAGGGGUCCUCGAUCGCGAUUGAAACUGUUCAGAGGUCCGUCUUAGGAAAGAAGUUGGAAUUUGACUGCUGCGAGAUCAGCCGAGUUAUCCUACCACAUAUAUGUUGACUGUUGUCGGCCUAAGUCGUUCUGUGAUUUAUUUUUGCAAUGCGUAUUUCUGUACAUGAGUGAAACUAUUGGCAUGUAAAGCUUUUUGUUUAUUCAUCUUGGUAACACUCUUCGAUUCCAGUGGUUGUGGAUUUCUUGUAGGAAAAGAAAAU